AUGCGCAAUCCUCCACCGUCAGAGUGGGCUCGUGAUACGGACGAAGAAGAUCGCGUUGAAAUUGCUAUAAAAAAAUCCGGAUGUUGGGAUCAUCACAUCGCUUGUGUCGAGUGUAUGUCCGAUAAGGAAGAUUGGCGGAAGUGUCAAGAGCCGUUGAAAGCAUUCAAAGAGUGUAUGCAGAAAUAUUAUCAGAGCAGGAAAGAAGAAGAGAAUCUACUGAAAUCACUCGGCACCUCAUCAUCAUCUAAAUAG